GUUUGUGGAUAUUGUUUUGGGGCAUAUUAUUCAUAGCAUUUAGGCGCGGAUGAGUUAUUGGAAGCAGGGCUGACGAUUUAUCUGCUGUUGAAUCGGAGCUGGUGGGUGCCCAGGGGAGGGACAGAAGCGCCUUGCAGCCCCUGUUGUCAGGAGUCUGAAGAUAAAAGGCAGCUGAGGAGCGAGAAGGGGGGCAUCGCCGAUCUACGAUGUCCUGCAUGACGCAAAUUAGUGUGCUGGGAGCAAGAUCGGCACAGCUGGCUCUGUUGACAUUGAAAGGCAGCGAAUCGCUGCUGCAGAAAGCCAAGGCAACGUCGGCUUUGUUGCACGUGGCUGGCAUAGGGUGCAACGGAAACAGGGGACACCUGCACACAAUGUGCCGCCCGAAGGUCACGCAAGCGCAGACAUUGACUGCCAGCGGGCCCAUUCAGUCCCGUCUUGCCAUGUCAUCAGACAUGGCCGGGUCGCGGGACCUAAUGGAUUUCCCUCACAUUGUGUUUCCGAGCUUCGUCAAGAUGGCCAAGAACGUGUUUCUCCAAUUGUUCGUCAUCAGGCCGUAUCUGGAUCAGAGCUUUUCGUUUCCAACGUUCCUGGAUGGGGCGAAGCAGGCCCUUUUAGUCGUCUCGGAGAAGCUGGCCAACGGUGACUUCGCUGGCCUUCGUGGCUUGGUGACGCCGGAGGCGCUGGCAGAGAUCGAGAGGAACUACGCCACCCUCUCGGUCAAGGAGCGCUGUGAGCUGAAGGUUAUCCGGGAUAAUAUAGGGCCGAUCUUCCCCUACGAGAUCGGCAUGAUCAUAGAGGAAGAUGACGAUAUACAAAAGCGCUGGGUUGAGGUGACCGUCUGCGCCCACGUACACUCGAACUUCGCGAACCGAGAUCGGCUGUCGGAAAGCGAAUACGUGCCUCCAUACCAGUUACCCGAUUUCACCGUGUGGAACUACAGGUUCAUCCGGAACUACACAAAAGGGGUUAACGAUAGCUGGGUGGUGAACGUUGUUAACCAUUUCAAGCCCAAUGUUGAACAAGCGGAUUGAAGAUUCGCCAAAUGGCACCGCGUCGGGAUUGUGGGGUGUCACAUCGCUCGCAGGUCGUGAUGAUCGAUGGGGAAAAGCAAUGCACGGAAUGCCAAGCUGUACAAUAGAAAUGGAACUUGUCAGCGUUUUGCGCCAAGCUUCAGAACCUGACACUGUUUCAUCUGGUCUCCAAGAGCAAUGUCAGUGUAGAAGGUGCUCAAAUUUGUCGAAUUCCCCUGGCCGGAUGCUCGUAGUGCACGUUUGCUGCACCUGCUCCGUGGCGGUAUCUCGUCGGGUCUGGUCCCGGUUGCAAGUGGCAAG